CUAAGAAUUGCCCUGAAGUUCAAGUUGGUGCCAAUUAUGACAAGUAUUGUUACAAUUGUGGAGAAACUGGUCAUUCACUUGCAAAUUGUCCCCACCAUGUUCAAGAAGUUUACUGAACAGAAAGAGAGUGAUGGAGCAGAAAGAGGAGAAGGGGCUGUUGAAGUAAUGAAACACAUGGAGGAGGAUGAAGGAGAGGAGAAGAAGAAACUAGAAGCAAUCAAACUGGAUCUGCAUGAAAAAGAGGAGCGGAAAACCAAUGAUGAGUUGCAGGAUGCUCGCAAGGAAUUAGUAAAAGUGUUCUGUGAUGAAUCUUGGGAGAACAGAAAAAAAGAGAUGGCAAAAUGUACCAAAAUUAGAAAUGCAGAGAAAAAACAAGAGUAAAAUAAUUGAAUAGACUAAAGCUGAGAUGCAGAUGUUAAGAGGCAAUGUUCAAAAACUGCAACUACAAAAUUAGAAUCUUGCUCAAUCAAACACACACAUGCUAGCGGUACAUUUUACAUCUUAUACAUUCAUAUUAAUAUCAUUAUUUUUACAGGGAUAAUAAUUCUAUCUAGUUGCUCUUGCAGGA